AUGUGGUCCAUUCCACUCGUCUGUGUCCAGCCAGCCUGCAAUAACCACAGGCUGACAGCCACUGGCCUUUAUCGCACUGUGCGCAAGGUCCUGGACAUAGAUGGGUGGUAUGACAUGGCCACGGAGUACCUGGAGUGCAAAGGAUGCAAGAAGAAGUACCCGGCCUGGUCUGACGACAUCCUGGCACAGCUCGACAUGGGGCACCGUAGAAAAUUCCCCGCCAUUCUGACAUACAGGUACUCGUGUGAUCACCGUGUGGUCAUAAUGAUGCGGGAGCGGACCCAGGGCAACAGUGUCACGCAGCUUUACAGAAAGCUGCAAGAAGAGCACAGUGCAGCGUGGACACGGUGCACGCUGGAGUACCUCACUGCCUGCGAGCCCUUCGCCGACUCCUCCAUGACUGAGCCUCCAGUUUUCUCUGCACCCCCGCCACUCCCAGCCCUUCCAAAACCCAAGUGGCUGUUGUCUGUGUACGCCAGGGACGUCCUCUCACGGCUACCUGAGGUCAAAGCCAAGAUAACCUCAGUCUUUGGCUCUGUCCUCAAGAUGGACUCCACUAAAAAGGUUACCAAAAAACUGGCUGGAGCAGCUGCUAACACUGCUGGCUGGUGCACCAACGUGGGCAAUGAACACGGCCAGAUUCUGGUGUCAGUGCUCACGGCCGCAGAAGGGCACGGACUGCGGCCCAUGGCAGCGGGUCUGGUGAGGAGGUACAGGGAAGCGGGAGUGGCACCACCCGCUAUCCUGUAUGUGGACAGAGACUGCUGCACUCCACAUGCACAGGGACAGUCGCUGGUCAGGGCCACGUUUGCUGAGUGGGAUGAGCUCCAAGUGCAUCUGGACAUCUGGCACUUCAUGAGGCGGUUUGCUGCAGCCGUCAUCACGGAAGCCCAUCAGCUUUACGGCAUCUUCAUGGCUCGACUCUCCAGGUGCAUCUUUGAGCUGGACCCAGAAGAUGUCACUGCUCUUCGGCUGGCCAAACAAGGGGAGCUGCGGGCCAGAGGAGCAGGUCCAGUCUCAGAGAAGGCCCUGGACAAGCUGAUCAGCAGGAAGGAGUUGGCACUGCACUGCCGCAAGAGGACCAGAGGCGUGGAGGAGACUACUAGGAGGAUUAAAUCGCUAAUUGACGAGAUGGACAGCGAGAAGGGGAGGGACACUCUGGGUGUACCACUGCUGGACCACGAGCGUAUCCAACAGAUCUGGAUAGACCAGCAGAGGCACAUCGCUUGUAUUCAGGACCCAGAGGGCUUCCCUCUGUACAUGAAGACGGGGUCACUGAAGAAAGGUGGUGUGGAGCUCUGCUGCUAUCGCUGCGCUCGUGGCUCCACCUCAUUGGAGUCCUUCCACCUCCAUUUGAACCGCUUCAUCCCUGGGACCAGUGCCAGUGACGCUCACUUCCAGGCCUAUCUCCUGGAAGGUCUGAUGCGCUGGAACCAGGACAGAAUGGAACAUGCAGUGACAGGAAAACAUGAGCUGAGGACCUAUGACAGUGCUGAGAGGGAGGCCAUGGACCGGCUCAGCCGCAAGGUCCUGAAGAAGUCCUUGGACGAGUGCUUCCAGCGUCCGGGGGUUUACACAGGCAAGAAUAAUUCUUGUUAA